AUGCAUCUCCACCAUCGCCACCAUGUUCAUCCCGUCUUCUUCCUUCUAUGGCUUCAUAUCAUCCCCUUCUUCUCCUCCGCCGCCGGCCCUCCUUUCUCUUCUCCUCGUGGUUACCUCAUCAAUUGCGGUUCCAGAAACGACAUUAAACAAGAAGGUAUAACAUACUUAAGGGACGAAGGCUACGCCGUCGCCGGAAACCUAACAACCUUGAACAGGACCGAUAUUCUACCCGUACUCACCACCCUACGUUACUUCCCCUCCGGUCCAGGCAAACACUGCUAUCAGUUUCCGGUCACCAAGGGCGGGAAAUUCCUCAUCCGUACCACCUACUUCUAUGGUGGAUUCGAUGGCGGAAUUGUGCCACCGAUUUUUGAUCAGAUUAUCGAUGGUACUAAGUGGAGCACUGUUAAUACGACGGAGGAUUACAAAAACGGACUCAGCUCGUAUUACGAGAUAAUCGUGACUGCAAAUGCGAAAACGAUUAGCGUGUGUUUGGCGUCGAAUGAGCACACCAAACCUCCGUCGAGUCCUUUUAUUUCGUUGUUAGAGUUGAUAAAUCUCGAUCCAUCUUUAUAUAACUCAACGGAUUUUGAAAAGUAUGGAUUGAUCACGGUUGCUCGGACGAACUUCGCCUCCGAUGGAGAUUUUAUACGUUUUCCAGAUGAUCCAUUCAAUCGAUACUGGCAACCGUUCAUUGACGGAAACCCUACAGUACAAUCGCAAGCGAACGUAACAUCAUCGGAAUUUUGGAACCGGCCACCGGUGAAGGUAUUCCUCUCGGCGUCAACGACGAGCAGAGGUAGGAAUCUGACUUUACAAUGGCCGCCGUGUGCCCUUCCGAGCAACCGGUACUACGUCGCGUUGUAUUUCCAAGACAAUCGAAGUAUAAGUCCUUAUAGUUGGAGAGUAUUCACCGUUUCCAUCGACGGCGAAACUUUCUAUCAAGAUCUAAAUGUUACCACCAGAGGCGUGACGGUUUACGGCACAGAAUGGCCUCUCUCCGGUACCACAGAGAUCGUUCUAACUCCGAGGAGUGACAUGCCGAUCGGACCUUUGAUUAACGCCGGCGAGAUCUAUCAGAUUUUGCCUCUCGGUGGAGCUACUCUUGGUAGAGAUGCGAUGGCAUUGCGGAUGUUGAAGCAAAGCUUAAAGAACCCACCGGAUGACUGGAAUGGCGAUCCGUGCUUGCCUAAAGAACAUCCAUGGUCUGGUAUCGGCUGUUCUGAAGGGUCACGAAUCCGAGUUAUCAGUUUGAACUUAACUGGACUCUCGUUAGCAGGAAUAUUAUCUAAAGAAAUUGUCAGAUUAACUGCUUUAAAAGAACUUCGGCUAAGCAUGAACAAGCUUACGGGUCCUAUCCCUGAUAUGAGUCCAUUGAAAGCCUUGGAAGUUUUACAUCUAGAUGAAAACGAAUUUGAGGGGCCAUUUCCAGAUUCGCUAGGCACGCUUCCAAACCUUCGUGAACUAUAUUUAAAUAACAACAAUUUGAGCGGAAGACUUCCGGAAAUUCUAACUAAUAGAAAAGGCAUAACAAUACGAACUUAA